AUGAAGUUGCUACUUCUUGCCCUUGUCUGCCUCCAUUUUUCAGAGGCAGACAAGGUAAUCAAGGUGCCUCUGAAGAGGUUCAAGUCCAUGAAGCAGGUGAUGAAGGAGACAGGUGUGCUGCAUGACUUCUUGAAGGAUCACAAACGAGACCCUGCCACCAAGUACUUCAACCGGUUUGCUGCUGGCUAUGAGCCCCUGGACAAUUACAUGGAUAUGUCCUACUAUGGGGAGAUCAGCAUCGGGACUCCAGCCCAGAACUUCCUGGUCCUCUUUGACACUGGUUCCUCCAACCUGUGGGUGAACUCUAUCUAUUGCCAGAGCGAGGCCUGCACCACUCAUCCCCAGUUCAACCCCACUAAGUCUUCCAGCUACUCCAGCGAUGGACAGACCUUCUCUAUUCAGUAUGGAACAGGGAGCCUUACUGGAGUGUUUGGCUAUGACACUGUGACAAUCCAGGGCAUCUCCAUCACCAACCAGGAGUUUGGCCUGAGCGAGACUGAACCUGGCAGCAGCUUUGUGUAUGCCAACUUUGAUGGGAUCCUGGGCCUGGCCUAUCCUGCCAUCAGUGCUGGUGAGGCCACCACUGUCAUGCAGGGCUUCCUGCAGGAGAACCUGCUCAAUGAGCCUGUCUUUGCCUUCUACCUUAGUGGGGAUGAGAAUUCUGACAAUGGUGGUGAACUCACUUUUGGAGGAGUGGACAGCAGCCUGUACACUGGAGACAUCUCCUGGGCCCCUGUCAGUGAGGAAGCUUACUGGCAGAUUGCCAUUAAUGGGUUCUCCAUUGGGGGCGAGUCUACUGGCUGGUGCUCUGAUGGUUGCCAAGCUAUUGUGGACACUGGAACUUCACUCCUCACUGCUCCCCAGUCGAUCUUCUCUGAGCUGAUGCAGUACAUCGGAGCUGAGGAGGAUGAAAAUGGAGCUUAUUUGGUCAGUUGCAGCAAUAUCGACAGCCUGCCUACCCUCACCUUCAACAUUAAUGAUGUUAACUUCCCCCUUCCUCCCUCUGCCUAUGUCCUUCAGGCUGACAGCACCUAUUGUGAGGUGGGGAUCAUGGCCACUUACCUGACUUCCCAGAGUGGCCAGCCUUUCUGGAUUCUUGGGGAUGUUUUCCUCAGGAACUACUACUCUGUCUUCGACCUUGGCAACAACAGGGUGGGCUUUGCCAGCCUAGCCUAAGCUCUUCUUCCAGCCUAUUGUCAUCUCCCUGGCUCUUGGGAUUGUCCUCAACUUUUCUUCUCUUCCUUCCUCCCUUUCUGUCACUCCUGAUGGAUUUUGAAUCUUCCUUGUGUGACCUGGGAAUUUACAAAUAAAAAUCAUUCUAACCCUUCA